AUGCCCCUCUUUCAGAGAAAAUCGUCUCCAAAUUUACUCAACGAGAAAAUGUCACUUGUAAAUAAUAUUGAUUGCAUAGAUAAUAAUUUUGGGUCAGAAAAUAGAUCUUUAACUUGUAGUUUUAGUGAACUUCCUCAUUGGUUGCAAGACAAUGUUGAUAUUAUUACUGGCUACCGGCGACCAACUUAUUCAUAUAUAAAAUGCGUGCGAUCUUUAUUUUAUCUUCAUAACGAAAGUGUUAAUAUCUGGUCUCAUCUUGUUGGCGCAGUUAUAUUUAUAAUUAUCUUAAUUACAACAUAUUUCUCUUUAUCGGCUUAUUCUUCAAUAACACCUUGGGAUUUCGUAGUCCAAUAUAGCUUUUUAGUUGGUGUGUUACUGUGCCUAACUUUCUCAACAUUAUUUCAUUCUUUUAUGUGUCAUUCUGAAAUGAUUUCUGUAGCUAUUGCUCCUCAAUUUCGAACACCUGAAUUUCGAUGGUUUCGCACUACGUUAUUUAUUGCAUUGGGUUUGUGA